UGCGCAUUUCAUUCUUUGAGUCACAUGAAACGGCGUCGUUCAUGCCCUCUCAAGUUUCACAGUUGGCAACUGAAGUCAGUUAAAUCAGAGCUUCCCCGAAGCCAAGCGCCUUAGCUCCUUCAUUUUCUUCUUCCCCUCGCUCUGAAAUGGAUGUAACUUCUCCUUGUUAGGGUUCCAAUCCGUCUCUGCUAGAUUGAUUAAUUGAUUUUCAAGCUUUAGACUUUGGUUUCGAAUUUCAUUCUCUAAAUGUCUUCCACAUCGAUGCCGAAUUACAGCUCGCUUCCCUCAACCUCCAAUACCCCUGGUUCUUACCUUGGCCCACGCGUCAGGACAACAGCUCAAUCCGUUUACGCCACUCGCCGCCCAUGGGAGGAGGUCUUCGCUCUUUAUUCCUUCAAUCGCCCGUUCACCUUUGGAGAAGCCACCAUGCGCAUAAAGCGCAACCUCAGUCACUUCCGCGUCAAUUACGUUCUUAUUGUUCUCGUAAUUCUCUUCCUUAGUCUUCUCUGGCACCCGAUAUCGUUGAUUGUCUUCUUGGUGGUGUUCGUCGCCUGGUUCUUCCUCUAUUUCUUCCGGGACGAGCCGGUGAUGGUGUUCAAUCGCCAAAUUGACGACCGGGUUAUGCUGGUUGCGCUUGGGUUGGUGACCAUUGUGGCCUUGAUUCUCACCGGCGUCUGGUUGAAUGUCUUGGUUUCAAUUUUGAUUGGGCUCGCAGUUGUCGGACUGCACGCGGCGUUCAGGAGUACGGAAGAUUUGUAUGUGGAUGAGCAAGAUGCCUCCGAUGGAGGGCUACUCUCAGUUGUAGCUAGCCCCCCAAGACGAACAGGGUACCCCAAGGUUUAGGUUUUUUCUUUUGUCAGUUUUGGGUUCAAUGGAUUGUGGAGUUUCACGAUUUAAAUAAGAGCAUGUGAGUUUUGGGUGGCCCUAUUUGGAAAUGAGAAGCAGUUGAAGGAAGCAAAGGAAGAAAUGAGAAUAGCUGCUUUCAGAAAGGCUACCAAAAGCCGAUGCUUUUUCAUUUUGGUUCUACAGUGGAAUCUCAGGGCAAGCACCUUCUGAGACUCAUAUUCUCCUCCUUGUUACUGCCAUACAAAGACUUGAUUUUAUAUGUCUUGUACUGUUUUGUGAUAAAAAGGAAAACAAGAAAAUUUGUUGGCACUGAGGUUUCCAAUAUGUUCUUAACAGUUCCUGCGCCUCUACUAACUUUCCCUGAUUAGAAUUUUCACUCCUUU